CGGCAGCGGCGGCGGCGGCGGCUCGCGCUGCUCGUUGGCUCGCUAUAUAAAGGGAAGAAGCGGGCGGACCGGACGGCUGGAGCUGCAGCCGGUGGCAGCAGCGGCGGCGCGGGGAGCGGCGACCGGUGGUGGUUUCCCUCCUUGGUGCGGGGUGGGGAGCGGGCAACGCCCCCCGGACCCCUGAAGGGUCGUGGUUUUUUUUUUUUUUUUUUUUAAGGCGAUUCUCGAGGUUUUUAGCAGCGGGAGGAGUGCCCCCCCUCCUCCUCUCACUGCUCUCCCUACUCCUUCAGGAUCGAUUUUGUUUAAUUCCCCCCCCAAUCUUGCGGUGACUUGUGUCACCCUCCUGGUGGUUUUUGGUUUUUUUUUGGUUUUGUUUUUAAUCUUUUCUCGGGGUUGCCCCCUCUUGUUUGUGUUGUGUGUGGAAAUGGCGAACUCGGCAAAUACAAACACCGUGCCUAAAUUAUACAGAUCUGUGAUUGAAGAUGUUAUUAAUGAUGUGAGAGACAUCUUUCUGGAUGAAGGAGUGGAUGAACAAGUCCUGAUGGAACUAAAAACUUUAUGGGAGAAUAAACUAAUGCAGUCUAGGGCAGUAGAUGGAUUUCAUUCAGAAGAGCAGCAGCUUUUAUUGCAAGUUCAGCAGCAGCAUCAAACCCAGCAGCAACAGCAUCAUCACCAUCACCACCAUCAGCAAACUCAACCUCAGCAAACGGUACCUCAGCAAGCACAGACCCAGCAGGUCCUUAUUCCUGCAUCACAGCAAGCCACAGCACCGCAAGUUAUUGUUCCUGAUUCUAAGCUGAUACAACACAUGAAUGCAUCAAACAUGAGUGCUGCUGCUACAGCUGCUACCUUAGCACUCCCUGCAGGUGUAACUCCUGUUCAACAGAUAUUAACAAACUCAGGCCAGCUUCUUCAGGUGGUCAGAGCAGCCAAUGGUGCCCAAUAUAUCAUUCAGCCUCAGCAGUCAGUGGUUCUACAACAACAGGUUAUACCACAAAUGCAACCAGGUGGAGUACAAGCUCCUGUUAUACAACAGGUACUGGCUCCUCUUCCUGGAGGGAUUUCACCACAGACAGGUGUCAUCAUCCAGCCACAGCAAAUCUUAUUUACAGGAAAUAAGACUCAAGUUAUACCUACAACAGUGGCAGCACCUACACCAGCCCAAGCACAAAUAACUGCAACUGGCCAACAGCAACCACAGGCCCAGCCUGCUCAGACACAAGCUCCAUUGGUAUUACAAGUUGAUGGAACUGGGGAUACAUCAUCUGAAGAAGAUGAAGAUGAAGAAGAAGACUUUGAUGAUGAUGAUGAUGAAGAGGAAGACAAAGAGAAAGAUGGAGCCGAAGAUGGGCAGGUGGAAGAAGAGCCCCUCAAUAGUGAAGAUGAUGUGAGUGAUGAGGAAGGACAGGAACUCUUCGACACAGAAAAUGUUGUUGUAUGCCAAUAUGAUAAAAUACACAGAAGUAAAAACAAAUGGAAAUUUCAUCUUAAGGAUGGCAUUAUGAAUCUUAAUGGGAGAGAUUAUAUAUUUUCCAAAGCCAUUGGAGAUGCAGAAUGGUGAAAAAUUGCUUCUUUUCUUUUAUAAAUAAAAAAAGAAACUUGAAAAAAAUUUAAAGUGAACAGUUUGAAACUUGGGACAUACACCAACCAAAACUUCAUUUCUGCAUGUCAGAAAAGUGCAGUAGAAGCAAAGCUACUGGAACAAAGAUAGACCUUGACAACAUAGACACUACUUCUAACUGGCAAGCCAUGGAACUGUAGCACCUGGGGUUGUUGGGGUGGGGGGUUGGGGUUUUGUGUAGGAAAACCAUAAUUGUCGAUUUUAAAUACAGGUACCUGCCACCGGUAAUUAGCAUGUAAAGCUUUGUCUAUAUUUCCUUCCUCCAACUUGGGUUCACCCAGAAGAUACUUGUUGGAAUGAACUGAAGAAACUUCCCUUUUGAUAGAUUGAACUGAGACUGCUUAUUGUAUGUGGUUAUAUUUGGUAAAAAUUGCGUGUGAGCUUUUUACAAAAGGGUAAGAAUUAUGGUGUUGAAUUUUAAUUCACUUGUAUAAGAAAACAAUUUAAAACUCUCAUAAUAGGUCUUAAAUAUUUUUACUUGCUAUUCUCCCUCAGUAAUAUAUACCUCUUCCUUUCCUGCUUUAUGAAACACCUACUUAAGUUUAAAGGAAGUAACCAGUGAUCAUAGUUUGGAGACAAAAUUUGACCCAGGAAUGGAUAUUUAUUUUAAUUAGGUUUUCAUACUUAUUAAAUGUAAUUUAAAGACUUAGGUCUUGUCUGAGUUGGGUGGAAUUAAAAUGACAACUUUAAUUUCCUUACAGAAAAGCUGUGUUUAUUUCUUUUAGUCCCACAUGUUGAAAAGAAACCCCAAAUUGGCUCUUCAGGAGCACAGUUUUAUUUCACAAAGGUACCAUCUAGCUGAAAGACCUAUGAGUAUAUGAGUACAUGUAGAUUUUUCCUGCUGGGCUGAAAUGUGUGCUUAUAUAUGUGUUUAGUCUUUAAGCUGAACAUUCAGAUAACAUUCUGUGCAUUGAUUAAAGCAUAGGGCAGGUGGUGAGGACCUGGAUUUUUAUUAAACAAUUUAGUAAUUAUAAAAGUUUCUUGUGUUUACUAGUAAAGAAUUUUUUAAAAAGCUGUUAUUCUAAUUGAACAAAUUUUUAAAAGCAACUUUGUAAUUUGAGGGGAAAAUUUUGAGGGUAGUGGGGUGUGGGCCACUAAGUACAUAGUUACCUCUCUUUCAUUUGGUGGCCUUUCCAGGCCAUUGAUAAUAUAGAAAUGGGCUCCAGUUUGCACAUUGGGAAGAAAGCAUAGAAAUUUGACUUACAUAUUAAAAAUAAUAGAAAUUUAAUAUGUAUAUUAAGAAUGCAUAGGUCUGUAUUCUGUAAGGGGCUCUAAAGAACAAGAUGGCACUGCCAUGUUCAGUGUGAAUUAGCUGCCUGGGAGAAUUGCAGGAACACUUGUCUUCACCUUUGUGUUCUUGUAACUAAUUUGACUUUCUGUGUUUUUAUCUUGACAAAAUUUACAUGUGUUUAAGUUACUCAUAUAUUGAUUUUUUUUUUUAGUCUUCAGUUUUUGUCUUCCUUUUAUUUGCCUUUGUGUGUUUCCGGAAGUAACACAUGAACACUUUAAAGUACAUUACAAAGAAGAAAACUGUGAGCUGUUAUAUAGUGUGUCUUUCUUUCUUAACACAAAUCCUUAAACUUUUUAAAAAAGUUAAUCAGUUUUUUUUUUUUUUUUGCCUACUUCCCACCUCACUUAUCAACUUGGUCUCUUAUGUUCUGAACUUUGGUAUAAAUGGUGAUGUCUAGCAUGCUAGUAGUUAGAUUUUAUUUAGAUGCCAUAACUGGUAAUACAGUUUUUAUUUUGACUAUAUUAAUUUAGUUUUUUGAGGGGAAAUUUGUUUAUCCCACUACUCUCAAAGCACACAGAGGUUUUUUAGUUAUUAGUGGGACUGGGAGAAGAGGAAAAGAGAGGGAGUAAAGUCACAGAAGUCCUGUUGUUCAGUUGUCCUUCAGUAUAGUUGCUAGUAGGUUUAUAUUUACUCAAUGAAGAAGUCAAUGACCUGAACUACCUAUAAAAAUUUAGCAGUGCUGCAGUGUUGCUUAAGUGAAACUCUUUGGCUAUCUAGUAGUUUUUAUGCUACUGAAACUUGUAUUACUGUAUAUUCAGCUCAUGUCUUGAGCCCUCUAUAUAAGACAAAUAUUCAUAUUCAUAAUAGCAUUGUAUACUGGCCUGUUUUUAUAACUUUAUUUUUCAAACAUGAACAACCACUGCUUUCAGAGUGGUUAUUUUGUUAUUUUUGAAGCAGGAAAUAACCAUUUGUAUUUGCACCUGUGUAUUGCAUAUUAAUUAUGGUAUACUUGGCAAAUGCUUUUCUUUUACCUGUGAAAAUUCUGAAAGCUGGUCCAAACGACACUGCAUACCAUAUUGUGCUCUUAUAUAUUAUUGCAUCGUGUUCCUUUUUAAUCAAUAGCAUGUUUUAUUUUUAUUAUAGUAGCUUUUGCUGUAAGAAUGUCACCUGCUUAUCUUUUAUUGUACUUGAAUUCUUAAUCAUGCUUUUAACAUUGUAUUUAACAAAUCAUUUCAUAUUAGGUUCCAUUAUAACAUCAUUCCUUUAAAAAGGCAAGGGAUUCCCACUUUCAGAAUUCUAAAAUGAAAGUAGCAUGUUUAUCCAAAGAGGGAGAAUAGUUCAGACUUGGUAUUAUGAAAAUAAGUAACGGUUUCUGACGAGGAUUUGUUUAGAUUUGCACAGAUGGUGAUGGCACCUUUUACUUAGAAAAACAAUUAACAGUAAUUAACAGUGCUAAGGAAAAUUUACACAAAAUUACAAGAUGAAGUGACAAAAGUGAGGAGAAAUGUAUGUUUUUCAGUAUACAAACUCUGCAUGGUGGUCAUUUGGAUAACCAGACCACUUGGAUGCCCGAGAGCACAUUUAAUUUCUUGGAGUGCCACAUACAGCUAAAACAACUCUUUAAUGUGCAGUUUGUUUCUAGAGUAAAAUGUCUGUUAUAAGAGGGUGAUCUUUAUAUUUGGCUUUUAUAUUUUUUAAAUACAUUUCUUUUUGUUAAUUAAAUGCCAUCAUAAUGUCACAUUUACACUGUUGCCUCUUUUAAAAUCAAAGCCACUCUGAUGUUAUUCUAAUAGGAUUACAUCAAGAUUUGAGCAGUGUAUAUAGUGAUUAAAAUGUUCUUGAAAUGAGCAUAAUAGAUUCUGGUUUUAGAAAACAAGAACAUAAAAAUAUAGUUUUUGUAUAAAGAUUUUCUUUUACUGUAGUGAAAAUCAAAGAUUUAGGGUUUUUUUUUCCUGGCUUUUAUGGAGGAAUGAAAAGAAUUAUCUCCCUCUAAGAAUAGUUUUUGAUUAUCUCAUAGCAAUAAUGUCACCAUUAUUAUCAGAGGGUAAAUACGCCUUUUAUAUAGGAAAACAGACAUAAUUUCAUCGUGGGAGUUCCCUUUGUAACAUAGCAUUUUCUUCCACUUGAGAAAAUUCCUAUAUUUUCAGAUUAUUUCAUCUUGAAUUUUUUGAGCUUUUGUGCAAUGUGAUAUUUUAUUGAUCCAUCUUUGUACAUUUUAUUUCAUAUGUCUUUUUCCCACCUACCUGUGUAAAACAGCUAUAGCAGAUUUUGAAUUGGUUAAAAAAUACUUUGUUUUAUAUGUUUCCUCGAGAGUUUAUGUUAAGUAGUUUUGCAUUUUAAUCCUCCAUUAUGCUAUGGAAACUAUUCUAAAGUUUAUAUUCUUCCCUUUUUAAGCCUGCCUUACUCUUUUUGUCAUUUUUUAUGGUUUAAGGAAGAAGACACCAAACUUAAUAUUUUUGUUUGAGGAACAAAAGAAUUUUUUUUCUCUUCUCUUUUAGGGAAGAACUGUAUUGAGUUAGUAACUACUCUUUCAGUCAAGGUUCCUUAAAUCAGUCCAGUAUGCAUCAGGGCUACAACUUUGGGAGAGGGGCUAAUCCUUUUUGCUGUUCUGAGCUACUAUUGUCAACUGCUGUUGUACAUACUGUUAUGUGUAAGGGCGUAAAUAUAUUUAUUAUGUUUGUAAAAUUCAUUCUGUACAAUUGCAGAUCAAGGUUGCUCUUCUGUGAUAUAUGGGAUAUUAUGUUUUAAAGACCACCUUGGAAUACAAUUAGAGAACUUAGUAUUUUGAUGUACUAAGACCUAUUUUAAGUUUAAUAUUUUACCUUUGCAAAAACUUUAAUUAAAGAUGUUAUUUAAAAAAAGUAAUGUUGCUUGCUUUGCUUACUAGUAUAUGGCAUUGUUACAGAUAAUUGAAUAAAAUUAUACAAUAUAGAAAGGAAAA